GCCAUAGUAUCUCUCAGUGUCAGGUUGGCGCUAGUUGAGUGAGGAGUGUACUUGGUCCGAGCUCGUCUGGUACCUUAUUAUUCCAUCCCGUUGCCAUUAUGUCAGAGGAAACCAACGGUCAGGAGAACGGCUCCGUCCCGGAGGUGGAGCUCAUCAUUAAGGCCUCUACGAUUGAUGGCCGCCGAAAAGGAGCAUGUCUCUUCUGUCAGGAAUAUUUCAUGGACCUGUAUCUCUUGGCUGAGCUCAAGACUAUCUCUCUUAAGGUCACCACAGUGGAUAUGCUCAAACCACCACCAGACUUCAGGUCAAAUUUUGAGGCGACUCCUCCACCCAUCCUGAUAGACAAUGGACUGGCUGUCCUAGAAAAUGACAAAAUCGAGAGACACAUCAUGAAGAACAUCCCUGGUGGUCACAAUCUUUUUGUACAAGACAAAGAUGUUGCUCAGCGGACAGAGAAUGUUUAUAGUAAAUUUAAGCUGAUGUUGCUGAAGCGUGAUGACAGUUCAAAGAACAUCCUGCUGAAUUACCUACGCAAGAUCAAUGACCAUCUAGGUGAGAGAGGGACCCGCUUCCUCACAGGGGAUACCAUGUGCUGCUUUGAUUGUGAACUUAUGCCAAAGUUGCAGCAUAUUCGUGUUGCUGGUAAAUAUUUUGCCGACUUUGAGGUUCCUGAGGAGCUGGAACACCUGUGGCGGUACAUGUUCCACAUGUACCAGUUGGACGCCUUCACACAGUCCUGCCCAGCAGAUCAGGAUAUCAUUAACCAUUACAAACAACAGCAGGGCACAAGGAUGAAGAAGCAUGAAGAGCUGGAAACGCCAACGUUCACAACAUCCAUACCCGCCACCAUCCGCCCUUAAGUGCCACGUUCAAACAAUAUUUGCCAGGUGACGCUUGGCACUCACUGUUGUGGCUUUCUGUGCAAAUUAUGUAAAUUGGUGAAAGGUAAUACUAACAUAUCCCUGCUCGAUAAAUUGUCAGGCAACGUAGUUGACCAUGACAAAAAAACAACUUGGAUAUCUUCUUGUAUCUGAAAAAAACUAUGUUGAUUUUUCUAAUUAUAUUACGUGUCUGUAUUUAUGACACUACAUUUCAGGUGUAUGUAAAUAGUUCAUUUCUCCCGAUUGAAGAAGUGCUAAGCAGUAUCAUUUGGACAGGUUAUAUCAAAACACAACACGUAAGAGCACGGUGUAAUUGUUAAUGCUACCUCCCAUCAAGGUAUUCUCCAAGUCCAUAAUUGGACAGAUAAGAAAAUAUUAUACUCGAGGUCUUGUUUGACCCAAAUUUUCACUUUAAUAUUAAUAAAAAUCUUUAAUAUUUAUCUGUAACUGACUAAAAUAAUCUCAGUUUUUAAGGUCAAACAUUAUCUUAGCAUUCCCUGCCUAAUAUAUAGAAUAUGACAUGAAGGGCUAUUGAAGGAAUUGUGAAAAUUAAGAAAGUGAAACUUUGUUUUGUGCCUUGUUUAUAGCCUUUAUUUUUUCUGUUGUAUACUGUUACAAUCUGUUAAUGUUCUUUUGCUACAUUCUGUCUUUUGGGAUUCAUUAAUUUUCCACCUACAUAUAUUUUGGAACUCCUCAUUGGCAAGUAAUUUUCAAAGAAUUGUUUACAGCAUACUUUUUUAGCUUCACCGAGAGGUUUUCCAAACUGUACAUUACCAAAGUGUCUCGUCUUUCAUCUGAUUCCUGGGUUUCACUUUUGAAAUAACUCCUAUCCUUCAGUUUUCUGAUGUGUAAAUACAAUUCCCAAUAUUGCAAUAUAUCGGAGAGAAGACUUAUUCCUGUAUAUUAGUUUUAUACAAAAUGGAGUCUAGAAGUUCAGUAUGAUUUUGGGGGAGGGAGGCGAUGGGGGAGGGAGGGAGGUCUUGUGACACUUGGCAGUCAGUCAUGUUACUUAAAAAGUGUCUUAAGUUAAAGCAAAUUAUUAAGUUUUGGAAGUAUUUAGAAUCACACCUCAUGCAUUUGUAAUAAUAAUAAUAGUAGUAGUUAUUGGCACAAAAUAAUUGUGUAUAGGAAUAAGAAUUAAAGCUUGCAUGACCGUUGUUGUAAACGUAAGCUUCUCGAUACAUGAGGUGUGUGUGUGACGGCUUCUUGUGGUGAACAGAAUUUAGGAUGGAACAAAACAGUUGAAAAAGUUCUGUUUUUUUUCUUGGUCACACCAGUUAGAGUAAUAUGAGAAACAUUUGAGUUUUGUCAUAUUCUGGAACCACUUUUCACAAUUACAGUAAGCAAUCGAAGUAAUACUGUACUAGCCUGCUCUUUGUUUUGAGUUAGAAUUUUAUUAAGUUUGUUAACAAUAUAGUUAACAUGUUUCCACAUGAACUUAUUACGAAUAUAUGCCUUCUUAUUGUGUAAGCUUUUUAGAGCUGCAAGUAUGCAACAAUUUUUAAGAUCUUAAGGAUCUUUAGAACUUUGUUAUCAUACAUGGGAUUCUGAAAAAAAUGUUAGCCUGGGUAAUUCAUUGUAGGCUUGAUAACUGACAAGUUAAAUACUUUCAUUGUUGAGUUUUAAGCAUUUAUACAUCAACAGCCUUUUGAUCAAGUUGUCUAUGGCCAUGAGUGUUCUUAAUGGCUCUUGAUUUUUACAGAUUUUUAAAGAUAUUGGAAAAUAAACAUCAAAUGAUAUGGGAA